AUGUCUGACAAAGCAUGGUCGCUUCAACAUUUUUUGAAGUUUCUGGAAAACCCUUCUUAUCCUUCGGUUGGUCCUCAUCUAAAAUUACUUGGCUUAGUAGGACUUUGGCGUUCAGAUCCAACAGCUUCCGUCAGUAGAUUCAAACAGUUUCUCUUUUAUUUCACCAUAACAUUCUUCUUCAGCCAAUACAUCAAAUGCCUUAUCAAGUUCAAUGCCGAAUCUCUUAAGCUGAUCUUGCAGUAUGCACCAUUUCAUAUGGGCAUCGUAAAAUCCUGUUUCUUUCAAAAGAACUUCAGUAGAUGGCAAAAUCUUAUCGACUAUAUGUCUUUGAUAGAACAGAGCCAGCUGAAGAAAGAGGACAAGAAUCAAAGUGACAUGAUAGAGAGUUACAUUAAAAGAAACCGUAGAAUAUCAUACUUUUUCUGGGCUCUCGCAUUCUUCUCUAAUUUUAGUAUUUUUACGGAACCUUAUCAGAAAAACCAAAUCAACAUGAACGGAACAAGCGUAUACUUAUACAUAUUUGAUGGGUACACGCCAUUUCGUAAAGAACCUCCAGGAUAUUAUAUGUCCAUGCUCAUUCAGACUGUGUUGGGCCACGUCGUCAGUGCCUAUGUAGUCGGGUGGGACACUUUAGUGGUUUCUAUUAUGAUCUUCUUCGCGGGGCAGUUGAAGAUUUCUCGUCUACAUUGUAGUCAGACGAUAGACGCCUCAAGUCCAGAGAAGAGUCAUGAAAAUAUUGCAAACUGUCACCGGUUUCAUGUUAAUUUAAUCAAACAUCAGAAACUGUUCAAUUCUCUGAUAUCGCCAGUAAUGUUUAUUUACCUGAUCAACAUAUCAGUGAAUUUGGGCGUCUGUAUUUUUGAAAUUGUGGAGAUACAAGACGACAUAAUGACUUUAGUUUCGAGUUGCCUCUAUGUAAUUGCCUGUUUGAUACAACUGCUGAUCUUUUAUUGGUACAGCAACGAAGUGACAGUAGAGAGUACUUUAACAAGCUACGGUACCUUCAAAAGUGACUGGCCUUCAUCUAGUAAAAAAUUACGACAAGAAAUUGCUCUUCUGGGCUUAACUACAACGAAGCGCCUGGUGUUUAAAGCUGGACCUUUCAACGAAAUGUCGCUACCCACUUUUAUAGCGAUUUUGCGAGCAAGCUACAGUUUUUACACCUUGUUACACAACAAGAACUAG